AUGGACUGGCAGGAGGUGCAGCCUGAUUCACUGCAGCCGUUCCGUGACGAGCUUGGCCGUGUUGUUCGGCAUUAUAUUGCCGCCACGGGCGACCGUCCGCUCCCUGACCUAUUUCCACCUGAGCGUGAUGCCUGCUUUCGAGCCGCAAAGCGCACCACCCACCCAUCCGCACUUCUCCCAGCCUUCUUAGCAGCCGAGUCGGCCCUCCGGGAACAGUCGUUCCCCAUGUUUGUCCGCAACUGGUGUGUCGGCAAUAUCGACAAGGGCUCACCACGUCUGAUAUUUGUGCAGAUCAUGGCAUUGGUUUUGUUCCUUGUUGGUGCGGCUUUGGACAUCAUCUUGAUCUUGUUCGGGGGCAGUGGCAAGAGUAGCUCCUCGCCUUCCGGGAUGAUGGUAGACUUGACCAAGAGCCUUCCCCGGCUAACAUGUCUGGCCAUUUGGUGGCCGGCACUGACAGUACUACUGGCGGCAUGGCGAAAGAUUGAUUUGCUUCUGCACUUUCGUGGUCAGCGCUUGUUACGCCCAUGGGAGAUCGAGGACGACGGUGUCGACGGAGAUGACAACGAGGAGUCCCGUUCUCCCAUGUCUACCUACUCGAUUGAUCUAGAAAAAGAUAUGGCGGGACGGAGCGGCAGCCACAGUAGCAACAGCCCGAAGCGGUACCAUCGUGGCCACCGUCACCAAGCAUCCACCAGUUCCACGUCCAGCCGUAUCGAUCCUCUCCGCAAAGCUAGCUUACAGGCCCUAGGUCCACGCAACGACCCUGACAGCGAGCCAUGGGCCCGCUGGCAGAGACGGAUGCCAUUUUACCGCCGCCUGAUUUCUGAGCUACGGCCGACAAGCAGUGCCGGGCUAGGCAGCCGUACAGUGGCCGUGCAACAUGCAGGCGUGCGGGCGUUGCAGAACCGAGCUGUGUGGAGUGCUGUACUCUGGGCCGGUCUAGCGUCAAUGUCAUUGACCAUUGUUUCGCUGUUUAUUCCGGGGCCGGGGAUGUAG